GUAAUUCUUUUCGACUCAAGGACAUUUUGAAAUUCUGGUCGUGGAAAGUCCGGGAUUCGUGUGGAAAACCUGUUUUUUCUAAGAGGAUCUCAGCUUCGCGGUAUCGAGACGUCACGUGGCCUGCCAGCGCUGACGUGUGUCGGCCAAUGGGCGGCCAGCCAGGGCGUGACGCAAGCGCGCUGGUCGGCGAGUGGGCCAGUAGCACAGCUUCUCUCUCCCUGUGUGUCGCCAGUGCCGAGGCGGGAGUCGGUGAAGGCUGACCGAGUGUCAGCCUCUGUAGCGCCCGCGGCGUCUCAACUGCAAGCCCGCGCGUGUUGCUGACAGCCCGCGGACAUGGAGGUGGCGCUGAGGCUGUUCGGCGCCGUGCAGCUGCUGCUGUACUGGCUCACGCUGCCCGUGUACUGGCUGUGGCGGCGCUGGUACCCCGGCACCCGGGCUCCGCCCCCCACGGACCCCAUGCUGCUCCUCAGCGCCUCCAGGCUCGCCGAGGGCAUACGGUCGCAGCAGCUGAGCAGCGAGCAGGUGGUGCGCGCCUACGUGUCACGUCUGAGGGAAGUGGACGCCGUGGUCCACGCAGUCACCGACCACCGCUUCCAGGAGGCCCUCGCCGAGGCCCGGGCCGUCGACCAGCUGGUGGCCUCGGGGGCCAGCACCCAGGAGGAGCUGCGGCGAGACUCCCCGCUGCUGGGCGUGCCCUUCACCGUCAAGGAGAGCUGCUCUCUGCAAGGGAUGAGCUUCGCCGUGGGGUCGCUGCCCCGCGCGGGGGUGAAGGCCGCCGCGGACGGAGUGGCGGUCAGCUGCGUGCGGCGAGCCGGGGGCAUCCCCCUGUGCGUGACCAACACCCCGGAGCUGUGCCUCAGCUUCGAGACCGACAACCUGGUGUCGGGCCGCACGCUCAACCCCUACGACACGCUGCGCACCCCGGGCGGCUCCUCCGGCGGCGAGGCGGCGCUGGUGGGCGGCGGUGCCUCCGUGGUCGGCGUCGGCUCCGACAUCGCCGGCUCCAUCCGCCUGCCCGCCAUGUUCUGCGGCGUGUUCGGCCACAAGCCCACCCCAGGCUUCGUGUCCACGGAGGGCCACUUACCGCACUCGCCCGACCCCAACUUCAAGACGUUCCUGACGGUGGGCCCCAUCACCAGGUACGCCGAGGACCUGCGGCCCAUGCUGCGAGCCAUGGCCGGGGACUCCGCCCCCCAGCUGCGCCUCGACGAGCCGGUUGAUCUCGGCAAGAUGAGGCUUUUCUUCAUGGAAGACGCCGGCUUCUCUCUCGUCGGCGUACCUGUGCAGAAGGAGAUAAGAGCCUCGCUGCGCAAGGCCGUGGAAUGUCUGCGCACGAAGUACGGAAUGUCUGUGCAGACACACAAGUUCAAAGAACUGGAAGAGUCGGUGGAGAUAGGCUGCUCCACGCUGUUCUCUCUGAAGGGCAUACCGCAGCUGCUGAGCGAUGACGACAACCCCAAGAAAUCGAGGAACCUCGCGGUGGAGUUUUUCAAGUCGCUGUGCGGGUUCUCGACGAUCUCGCUGCAGGCGCUGUGCUUCUACUUGCUCAUGAAGGUCAACUCCUACACCUCGAGCAGCAGAGCGGCCAAGUACCAGGCCGACGGAGUCGCCCUCCGGAAGAAGUUCACGGAGAUGCUGGGGGGUGACGCGGUGAUGCUGUACCCCACGAGCCCCGUGCCGGCCUGCCACCACCUGCAGGUGUUCGUGCGCAGCGCCGCCGUGCUGUACGUGGUGCUGUUCAACGCGCUGGGGCUGCCCGCCACGCACGUCCCCACGGGGCUGGACUCCCGCCGGCUGCCCGUGGGACUGCAGGUGAUCGCAGGUCCAGGACAGGACAGGCUGUGUCUCGCCGUGGCUGAAGCCCUGGAGCGGGAAUUUGGUGGCUGGGUGCCCCCAUCGUAGUGCCUUGCCUUGGCUGAGGCAAUCAGGCACCCAGGCACCCAGGCAGCCAGGCACCCAGGCACCAAGGCUGGAGUUCGGCAUCUGGGUGCCUUCGCCAUAGUACCUCGUCGUGGCUGAGGCAAUCGGGCACUCGGGCACUAAGGCUGGAGUUCGGCAUCUGGGUGCCUUCGCCAUAGUACCUCGUCGUGGCUGAGGCAAUUGGGCACUCGGGCACUAAGGCUGGAGUUCGGCAUCUGGGUGCCUUCGCCAUAGUACCUCGUCGUGGCUGAGGCAAUCGGGCACUCGGGCACUAAGGCUGGAGUUCGGCAUCUGGGUGCCUUCGCCAUAGCGCCUCGCCGUGGCUGAGGCAAUCGGGCACUCGGGCACUAAGGCUGGAGUUCGGCAUCUGGGUGCCUUCGCCAUAGUACCUCGUCGUGGCUGAGGCAAUCGGGCACUCGGGCACUAAGGCUGGAGUUCGGCAUCUGGGUGCCUUCGCCAUAGCGCCUCGCCGUGGCUGAGGCAAUCGGGCACUCGGGCACUAAGGCUGGAGUUCGGCAUCUGGGUGCCUUCGCCAUAGUACCUCGUCGUGGCUGAGGCAAUCGGGCACUCGGGCACUAAGGCUGGAGUUCGGCAUCUGGGUGCCUUCGCCAUAGCGCCUCGCCGUGGCUGAGGCAAUCGGGCACUCGGGCACUAAGGCUGGAGUUCGGCAUCUGGGUGCCUUCGCCAUAGUACCUCGUCGUGGCUGAGGCAAUCGGGCACUCGGGCACUAAGGCUGGAGUUCGGCAUCUGGGUGCCUUCGCCAUAGCGCCUCGCCGUGGCUGAGGCAAUCGGGCACUCGGGCACUAAGGCUGGAGUUCGGCAUCUGGGUGCCUUCGCCAUAGUACCUCGUCGUGGCUGAGGCAAUCGGGCACUCGGGCACUAAGGCUGGAGUUCGGCAUCUGGGUGCCUUCGCCAUAGUACCUCGUCGUGGCUGAGGCAAUCGGGCACUCGGGCACUAAGGCUGGAGUUCGGCAUCUGGGUGCCUUCGCCAUAGUACCUCGUCGUGGCUGAGGCAAUCGGGCACUCGGGCACUAAGGCUGGAGUUCGGCAUCUGGGUGUCUUCGCCAUAGUACCUCGUCGUGGCUGAGGCAAUCGGGCACUCGGGCACUAAGGCUGGAGUUCGGCAUCUGGGUGCCUUCGCCAUAGUACCUCGUCGUGGCUGAGGCAAUUGGGCACUCGGGCACUAAGGCUGGAGUUCGGCAUCUGGGUGCCUUCGCCAUAGUACCUCGUCGUGGCUGAGGCAAUUGGGCACUCGGGCACUAAGGCUGGAGUUCGGCAUCUGGGUGCAUUCGCCAUAGCGCCUCGCCGUGGCUGAGACAAUCGGGCACUCGAGCACUAAGCUGGAGUUCGGCAUCUGGGUGUCUUCGCCAUAGUGCCUCACUGUAGCUGAGGCAAUAGCACUGAGACUGAAGUUAGGCCUCUCAGUACCUUUGUCGUGACUGAAGUAAUGAGACUAGGAGACCACGGAGUUCAGCAUCGGGUGCCUUCACCUUAGCACCUCGCGAAAUAUGCUCUCUAGUCCACGACAAUAGUCACUGUUGCCCAAAAAGAUCCAAUAAAUAUCCAUAGCAGCCUGUGAACUGCGUGCCAGGACUUGUGAAAGCUAUGCUGCUGAUUCUGCAGAGUUGCCUAGCCACGGCGCCAUUUCCUCGCAUUGACAAAAGUCAUCCAAGGGAUAAAAAGUUUAGUUUUACUACACAAAAAUCUCAAAGAAGUUACAAGGCCACUAAGCGGUAAACUAAAAGAACAAUUGUAUAUAUUAAGUUUAAUUUUCUCAAACUUUAACAUAAGCCGAUAAUAGUUUUUUUUUAGUAGUGGACAGAACUUUAAAGCUAAAGGUAUAUGCUGAUACUCAUGAACAUACAUGACCUCUAGGGCAAGGGAUUUACAGGAUUGAGCGCAGCAUACACAACAAUGUAAGUUGUCCUCGGACAUGAACAGUCUUCAGAUUAUGGACAGAAAAUUAAACUAUCGUGUUCAUAUUACAUUGCACGCAACUAAUCACGACAAAAGCCAUAACGGCAGAAAUAUUAAAGAACAAUGAAAGCUCUAUAGUUUAAAUUCUUUAAGGGAAAAGGGUAAACAAUUUUAAUAAUAAAUAUGGCAAAAACGGGUAAACAGUUACGAUGAAAGUUAAAUGGGAGGAAAAAGUACAUGAAAGAUUAUAAUGAUGCCCAAUCACUCAAGGAAUGUGUCAAAACAGGGCGGGGAAAAAAACUUAAUCUAUACAAAAUUAUACAUCACAACAUAACAAGGGCGCCCAUAUGAUAAUUUGUAGGGGGGGGCCAGACUUAGGGGUAUGAAGUAUUUUUAAUAUUUUGGAAGACUAACUGCGGCCUGUUACUAGCCAUAAAAUAGUUCCAGUUCUGACCCUGUUAAAAUUUUUUGUCCUGUUACUAAAAUAAUAGACCACAGUACUCAUUCGCCAUAAAAAAAGCUUUAUUGGCUACUUUAUUAAUUAAAUAAUAACUAUUUUAUUGUAACAAGUGAAUUUUUAGCAACACAAAUGCAGGAAUACAGUCCUUAUAUUUUUGCAGCGUCUCGGGAACACGAAUAUCAAGAAUACAGUCCUUCAACUCAUUGCUCUCUUUACCCCUAAAUAAAUGUCGCGUACAAAUUAAAUUAAAAUAAUUAUAAAGAUUAAACGUGUUGGUCAAAAGAUUUAACUUUGGGAGAGAAACGAUUUAAAUAUGUUAUCACAGUAGGAAAAUAGUUGUUUUUAAAUGUAACGCCUGAACUAUGCUUAUAAUUAUAGUCAAUUUUUUUUCAACUGUUGUUUACCUUUACCACGGCGAUAUUGUAUCACACAAAAUAUUCCCUCGUUCACAGUUAAAUGAAUAUUAGUAUGUUUUGAUAUAAAUCAUAAUUGCUUAUCAUUUAGAAUUAGCACAGAUGGAUUCAGUAGUCGAGGACUAUAAGUUUAUUUAGUGAUAGUAAAGCUUCAAAUUACAAAUGUGAAAUCUGUUUACAAUAUUCAAAUAAGAUAUAAGUUACUAAAAAAGGAAUUGUUUCAAAUCAUGUAACUUCAAACUCAAUUUAAUAUUAUCAGCUCAGAUCAUGUUAUCAAUGAGUGCCUUUAAACAGUGCUUACGGCUAUUUUUGCUCAAUGGUGUCAGCAAAUUGGACCACUGGAUAUGAACUACACUUAAGGGACAAGGUAAAUUCUCAAAAGUAAAUUGCAAAGUUAAGUUAUUAAUCAAACAGCAACUUCUAAUUCCAUCUGAUCAGACACAAAAUCAACAUUAUAGUUAGAACAAAUUAAAAUUUAGUUCAUACCAAAAAUUAUUCACAAUAAAAUUAAAUUGAAGAUGAACUUCUGGAAAAUUAGUGUGAUCUCAGAUUAUAUGAAAAUAAAUUGAUUUAGGUACUUGAUAAUCGAUAGUUCAAGGGACUCCCGAAAAUUGUUCAAAUGCUAUUCAAUACGACGGCAACCAACCUCCGUCAGUACAUGCGAAAGUAUGACGACACAGAUGACCCCUGGCUCUGAAACAGAGCUGUGCGUGGUCCGGGAAAUAUGGCUGCUCACUGCCGCUGCUUCCUUCCUCGCAGUGGGAAAGGUCUUGUUCGGUACGCACCAAUGGUCGAUUUCGAAGUUCUGUGUGAAACACAGCGCCCUCAACUGCUUCUAUAUCGCCACUGUCGGUCAAUCGUUGGCCUUCCUUCCUUCCGGCUGGAGCGGUUUUGAUAUGAACUUGCAGAAAUUAUUCUCCUCAGCUCGAUUCUCUUUAGCCAAAAAUGUUGAUCGCUGGCAUUACAGCACGUUGAACAGCGUCAGGAAUCAGUCUUGCAGGCUGUAAACUUAGUUGACUGGUUUCAUUCGUUUCCGUCGUGAAAAUUUGAUAGUUCGUUUCAAAGCAAGCAAUAGAUCGUGAAGUAACCCUAUCGUGGUUGCAGUUUAUCGCCUACGAUGAUUAAAAUUUGAUGUCACAAUAAUUUAAUUCAUUAAUACUACUUCUGCCACAUAGCUUUAUUAGUAAAAACUUGAAUGUCAGUCGAAACUAUAAUAAAAUCGUGCAAAAUUGUUAUGUCGUGGAUAAUCAAAAGUAGGUAAUAACGAUGUCUCUUCAAAACCGUGGUAGAACGAAUACUCCUUUUUUCUAAAGAAUGUACUUUUCCUUUGCUAUUUAAACGACUUUCAGAUGUCAAAACACAAAACAUAAGCUGAAUGUCCUAGCUAUCGCUAUUCGCUGGAUAUGCUAGCCAAUCAUUAACUUUCUUACAAGUUCAUCUUCUUAUAAUAAUUAAAUUUAUUGUUCAACACAUGAAUGUCAAUGGGUUAUUUAUAAAAUAUGAACAUUUUAUGAAACAAGCAAAGAUAAAAAAGAGGAAUUUCAUAUCAGUGUCUAAACACAAUCAUAGAGGAUUAACCUAAUUUAAGUUAACAGAAUUGUUAAGUAUGAAUAAAGUAUAAGAAUUUAAAUUUCAGUAUCUUAUGCUUCUCUACCUUCAUAAUUUAAUACAGAAAACAAAUUAAAAAUGCACACAUCACACAAUUUUUCACUAGUAUUGACAUAAAAAGCAAAUUUUAAGAUAAAUUAAUAUGCAUAAGUUUGAUUACGGAUUUGACUAUAAUAUUUAUCUGAAAAAGCAAACUGUAAAUUUAUUUUCUUUUUGCCGAACAAGUCAAGCACUUUGUCCUCGAAACCAGGGUUUUUCACUCUUUUCCUGUGGACACUUAGAAGGCACAAGCUGGACAGACGGUCCUCGCCAGUAGUACUUCUCAGCCACGUCUUCACUUUACGCAGUGUGCUGAAAGAACGCUCUAUUGUGCAAGUUGUGGGGGUAUGGUUUGGUAGAAUAUAAGCAGUCUCCUUAGGUACUGAUGGGUAAAACAUUGUUUCUGAAAGUAUAUCAUGGAGCUUUGUUUUUUCCAAACAUUCCGUAUUCGUCCAGACGUCAUACCAUACUCUGGCUUCUGCUUCCAAGUUGUCGAUUUGAUAAAACUUUUGCAAACUUUUUAUGUUUCUCAUGAAAUCUUUCGUCUCCUUUUUCAUCAAAUGUAGUUGAAGAAUUCCACCUUUGAGAGGUAUGCCUUUAUCUCUUUCAAAUCUUGUAGUAAGAGACAUAAUUAUAGAAUCCAUGUACGGAUUGUAAAUUGCAACUUUGAAAUAGUCUUCAGGUGAUGAGCACUGGACAUUCACGUUACAUCUGUGGGUCUGUCUUCCAGCCAAUAUUGGGAUUUUUAUAUCUAUGUCAAGCUCAUUACAGUCUUCUUUUACUGCCUCGAAAAUGGUUUUGAAUUCGUCAUUGCUUUCUCUCUGCUUUUGAAAUUUUUCUAGCAGGUCAGUAUUGAUGUAUCUGUCACCACACAAAAGUUAACAUGAUGCAGUGCGUGGUGCAGCUGUGGUUAGUGGCUGUGAGGUCACUUUAUAUCACUCGUGCAAUGAGGCAAGUUAUGGAAUGUUAAAAAAAUAAUAAAUAAGGGGAACGCAGGGGAGGGCAGAGGGCGGACGGCAGUCAUUGUUUUUACUAUUUAAUAUUAUAUAUAUUCCGUUCAAUAAAUUAUAACAUGUAUCUUCAGGGGGUGGGGUGUUUAAAAUUUUAUGAAGAUAACGUUUUUACGAAUGCAAUCCAAGCGACCGUGAGCGUACGUAAAAUCGGGAUUCCAGUGUGAAUUGCUUCCGAGUCUACUGAAGGUAGCGGAAUCCUUAUCCUUUUAAACACUUUUGAAGGAAAAAAUAAAGUUUUCCUCUAAGUUCAAAAUUCCAACAUAAAUUUUACGUUGUAAACUUUUCUGAACAAUAAUUCUUAUUUGAGUAACUUUAAUGGUGUAAGCUUACCUUAAAAAUUAUUGUGAAUAUUCUGAGCGGAUGUGAUGAAUGAGGAAAACUAAGAAGCACUACAUAAUAACAAUGGUUUUUAUCUUUACACUUUUCACUUAUUUAUUUACAAUUAAGUUAUUUAUACUGACUGAAUACACUAAACUAAAUCUAGACCAGAUGCAUAAAACUGUAGAUCUAAAGACUAUUGAAAAAUCUCUGUUUUGAGAUGUUAUUUGUGAACAUACACAUUAUUAUGACGAAAAAGUAGCAAAACAUUUCGCCGUCUGCAAGCACAUGUCAAUUGUCACGUCGUCUAACUCUGACUGGUCUAAAUCUGUUGUGUUGUGUUAUCGAGUGAGCUUGGGCAGGAUUACGAAGGGGAAUGACUCGCCACGGGCGUUGCGCUUGAACAGCGUUUUCUCCCUGUACACAACACCUUAUAUCGCAGCAGCAGAAACUAAUGCUUGAACUAACAAAAAAUGAAGUAGACAUGUAAAAAACGAUAUAAAAUAAUAGAUUCGUGUUGAACCACUUCUACAUAAUACCGAAUUUAAAUAAUUUUCUUUAAAGUAAAACACCUGACUACACUAUAUAUUUUUUCCUUCCCUGAAAGCUAGGGGGGGGCCACGGCCCCCCCCUGCCCCCGGGUAUGGGCGCCCUUGCAACAUAAGCCACAGCAAAUAGCAUUAAAGAAAAUGUGUCUGUCGAAAGUUCAAGGAUAUCAUUCCAAAAAGAUCAAAGUUGUACAAAUACAUCCAGGAAAAUCUUUGCUGAGAAUCAUGGCAAUCAUUCGCAACGGUGCAUGGCCAAAAACAUAAGUUAUCCAAACAUAAUUUAGAACUGGCAACCAAAACAGAUAAUUUAGUAUAAGAGAUUAAGUUCAAACUAAUAUGCUCACGGUGUGGCCACUCCACACCGGCAGUGAAACACUAAGUAAUUUUUUCAUGACUCACCUGCAGAACCUUGCUGGGACACUCGUUGAUGUGUUAAGCAAAACUAGUAGAUGUCCAUUGCGAUUUUUUUCCUAACCUAAGUUUCAAACAAAAUGUGUUUGGGAGGGGUCUAGGAAGGGAAGUCUAUAAGUGUGUCUCAGGCAGAAGCCUAUACACUCUAAUCAUUCAGGGUUUAAGCAAUGUAGGAGUGAUAACAUGCAUCAUGUGCUAGAAGGGGAUUGGUCAGCCAUGGCAGCGAUUGGCACCAUGACUAACUCCCCUCACUCUUUACUCUAGACUAAAACUAGAUAAGCUAGACCCAGGUAAAACCUGCAUAGACACAGGGAAAACCCUGGGCUCUUUCAUGCGGGGUGCAAAAAUCAUACGUUAAGUAAGCAGGUUAGAGGUAUGGUUCUGGAAAAAGAGUUUGACAGAGUAUAAAAAAUCUACCAUUCAGGGGUUGUCCGCAUUAGUUUUGGGAGGCACUAGUUAUUUCGGGUGCGGUAUAUCGUCGUUUUCCCACAGUUACGCCCUUAUCUUUUCUACCCAAUAGUCUCGCUUGAGCACACGCGCCCAACUCUGGAGAGGGGCGGUAGGAGAGGGAAUAGAGGGUAAACAAGGUAAGUCGGAGUGGGGAAGAAGAGACGAAGACUGGCGUGCCACGAUGUCUUCUUGGUAUUGUGCAUAUCAAUCCAAAGGAAUAAUAACUAGUUAUUGUUAAAAUAUUGUGGGUAAAAUACAAAGUGCCUAUAAGUGCAGCAUAUCAAUGGAAAUUUUACACUAAUUUUGUAUUAGUAAAUUACCAUAGUUCACCAAAUGUGCCUUCAGUAUUUAUGCAUUCAUUUAGAUGUGCAAAUUUGUAUGAUGGUUUAAAUAAAAUUGUUUUAUUUUU